AUGCGCCCUUGUGCUCCAAAUGGGAUCCAUCAUAGAAAAAAGAAAAUGGCAGCCUGUCCCUUAUUUAGGCUGUGGAAAGUCUCUGAUCCAACUCUCUUCCAAAUGACCUUGGUUGCUGCUCUAUUUGCUACUGUUCUUGGUAUUUGUGAUGUCCCACCGAAUUUACACUUUGCUUCUCCAACAAAUGUGUUGAACCAGACUUCCUUCAGGUCUGGAACUAUCCUGAAAUACACCUGCCGCCCUGGUUACAGUAAGGAUCUUUUUAAAAGUCAGGUUCUUACCUGCCAACGAAAUUUAUGGGUCUACGAUGAGUUCUGUGUCAAGAAAAAAUGCAGACACCCUGGAGAAUUGCAAAAUGGGCAAGUGAUAGUUAAGACAGAUAUCUUGUUUGGAUCACACAUAGAAUUCGCCUGCUCAGAAGGAUAUGUUUUAAUUGGCUCAGCCACUAGUCAUUGUGAUAUCUAUGAUAAAGGAGUUGAUUGGAGUGAUCCUCUCCCACAAUGUAUAAUUGCUAAGUGUGAGCCUCCUCCAGCCAUCAGCAAUGGGAAACACAAUGGUGGAGAUGAAGAUUUCUAUGUAUACGGCUCUUCUGUUACCUACAGCUGUGACCCCAACUUCUCACUGUUAGGCAAAGCCUCCAUUUCUUGCACAGUGGAAAAUAAAAAAAUAGGCGUCUGGAGCCCAAGUCCUCCUACUUGUAAGAAAAUCUCUUGUUCUAAGCCAGAGAUUCAAAAUGGAAAAAUAAUCUUGGGAUUUGGACCUCACUAUACUUAUAAAGACUCCAUGGUAUUUGACUGCAAUAGAGGUUUUAUUCUCAAAGGAAGCAGUUUAAUCCACUGUGAAGAAGAUAACAACUGGAAUCCUCCUCCUCCCACUUGUGAGCUCAAUAGUUGUAUUGGCUUACCAGACAUCCCAAAUGCCUCCUGGGAAACAUAUAACCACCACAUGUCAACAAAUCAGAGAAUUUAUAGUGUUGGAACUAUGUUGAAAUACAGGUGCAAUGAUGGCUAUAAGCCUACUUCAGAUUGGCCUACGACUGUGACUUGUCAGGAAAAUUUGACUUGGACCCCACAUGUAGAGUGUAAGGAGGUAUGUUGCCCAAUACCAAACCUGAAGAACGAUGGCCAAAUAACUGAAAAGAAAACUAGUGCUGCCAAUAGCUGUCCUUUUUUCAAGGGAGAUGCAAUUUUAUAUACGUGUUAUAAGAGAUAUACGUUUGAAGCUACAUGUCAAGCAGAUGGCACAUGGUAUCCCAAAACACCAACAUGUGAUGAGA